AGAAGGCCAUUGGUCGGCGGACCCGGUGAGACGGCCGUAAACGAGUGCUGGACGCAGGAUUUUAUGGUCGUCAUACCAUUGACGUCUUGUGGCGGAAUGAGUUAUUAUUUUCAUCUGUGACUUACGUUUCGCCAUAAAACAAAGUCGUGCGUGUUGGUGUUGCUGUGAUCGCGAUUGUGCCGUGGGAUCUAGUGUGUGUGCUCAGAUAUGGAGGGGCAACAGUACGGCAUGGGCUACGGUAUGCAGCCCCAGAUGGACCCCAACGGGCAGGCCAACACCGAGGGUGAGCCGAGGAAGCAAGACAUUGGGGAGAUUCUGCAACAGAUCAUGACUAUCACCGAACAGAGCUUAGACGAGGCUCAAGCCAGUACCGAAUUUUCCAGGAAGCAUACGCUGAACUGUCAUCGAAUGAAAAACGCCCUCUUCUCCGUACUUAUGGAAAUUAAGGAAAAAACAGUGAUAAACCUGCGGAACACGCAGGAGGAGGAGCCGCCCGACCCGCAGCUGAUGCGGCUCGACAACAUGCUGAUCGCCGAGGGCGUGGCCGGCCCGGAGAAGGGCGGCGGCGCGCAGGCGGCCACCAACGCCAGCGCGGCGGCCGCCGCCGGCGGCGCCUCCCAGGAGGGCACCAUCGAGCACUCCGACUACCGGGCCAAGCUGGCUCAGAUCCGGCAGAUCUACCACCAGGAGCUCGAAAAAUACGAACAGGCUUGCAACGAGUUCACGACGCACGUGAUGAACCUGCUGCGCGAGCAGUCUCGGACGCGGCCCAUCACGCCCAAGGAGAUCGAGCGCAUGGUGCAGAUCAUCCACAAAAAGUUCUCCAGCAUCCAGGUGCAGCUCAAGCAGUCGACGUGCGAGGCGGUGAUGAUCCUGCGCUCGCGCUUCCUCGACGCCAGACGAAGGCGACGGAACUUUAGUAAGCAGGCGGCCGAAAUCCUCAACGAGUAUUUCUACUCGCAUGUGGGCAAUCCGUACCCGUCGGAGGAGGCCAAAGAGGAGCUGGCGAAGCAGUGCAGCAUAACCGUAUCGCAGGUAUCGAAUUGGUUCGGCAACAAGAGGAUAAGAUAUAAGAAGAACAUCGGCAAAGCUCAAGAAGAGGCCAACCUUUACGCAGCCAAGAAGGCAGCAGGCUCGUCGCCGUACAGCAUGGGCGCCGGCACGCCUGGCCCCAUGAUGUCGCCACCUCCUGCCGACAUGAGCUACAACAUGUCCAUGAACGGCGCCCAGUACAACAGUCAGAGCCAGGGCAGUUACUCGGACUCGCAACCGGGCAUGGGAUAUUAACAAGGGCUUUUGAUAUCUGAGAGUUAGCGUGAAUGUGUGGACGGCGGGCGGCUUCGCGCCGCGAGCCGGCCGGUCACGGGGUAUCGGAGCCGCGGCCGAAUCUCACUGCAUCGUGCCGCCAUCUGUGAACGCUAUUUUCGUCCCGUCGUGACGUGCGCGCGCGGUGGACGGCGGCCGGUCGCGCCGCGUGAACGGCGGAGACGCGGCGCUGGCGGUGGGCGGAUGGGACGCGCGCGCGGACAGCGGCGCCGUGUCCGCCGGCGGACAGUGUCCGGCGCUGCCCGCGCGGACAGAGGCGCGGUGCGCCCCCCGGCGCGAGUGGGCGGCUUCUGAAGCUCCGCUGUAAAUAGUCGUUGUAGGAAGCGUUUCUAUAGUAGUGUGGAAAUCAAUGCCUAUAUAUAAAUAUAUAAAUGUGUGGAUGUAUGUAUAUGUAUGUGUGUGUGUGUGUGUGUGGUGUGUGUGUGUGUGUGUGCGUGCGUGUGCGUGUGUCAUACGCAUCUCUCACUGUCGGAAUCUCCACUCGUGGCGCGCGUUCUCGCCCCCUGUCUAGUCGGACUCCUCAUAUUGUUUCAUCGUGCCGCCAAAUUCCCCACCGUCGCGUCGGCGCCUAUACAUGCAUUCAUGUGCUAGCCUCUACAGGUAGUGGCAUUAGGCCCCGUUCAUUUGUGUCACAUGGCUGCCGUUUUUUGGGUGCUUGCAAUGUUGUCUCGCGGGGAUAUUACGUCCGUGGCGCCCGCGAGCGCGGCGACGGGCGGCCGUAGCCAGACUAGCAUAAAUUACCGAUACACUGACAUCAUACCUCUGACGUGGUCGGGUUGUAUCGCCGCCACUCGAGCUAGGCACGUCUCGUUUUUCGUUCGACUUGUGAUUUUUCGGGAGUAGCCGAACAUUUGGGGGUGCUGUUACAUUCUGUGCUGUGGCGCGGUGCCCACUUGUUUUGUAUGGUGUAUACUCAUUAUCGACUAUACUGUGCGUCCCCGAAUAAACGUGCCCACGUUUUGUACAAACGUACAUACCAAAAUACAUGGGUUUUGUUCGUGA